GCUUGACGCAGCCAUACUCCGACGAACAUACGAUCCAAGCAGCCGUCGAAAUGAACCAAAUGCUUCACGUAUACUUGAGCGUUUUAAAUACCAACCCGUUCACCACGCAGAUACUGACCAUUGCUACGUGCAUGUUCGUCGGCGACAUCAUCUCCCAGACUGCAGUUGAGCGUGCGACAGCUUUCGAGGUGAAACGAGCUGCCCGACUUUGUCUCAUUGGACUGUUCUACACCGGCCCCGUGGCAGUCGCGGCUUUCGCGUUCCUGGAAUGGUUGGUAGGAGACGGCAGCAUCAUCACUACACUAACGAAAGUGGCACUGAGUCAGUGUUGUGUCGCGCCGCUUACCACCCUCGGUUUCUUGGUCGUGUCCGGCGCAUUGCAGCGGUUGCCUUGGGUUUCCAUCAAGCACAGCGUCAGCACAAACUACGUGGCCAUACUGAAGUCAAGCUACGUGUUCUGGCCUGCGGCGGAGAUCGUCAUCACUCAACUUGCGGAAGUGAACCAUCGCCCGGUCUGGGGAGCAGUUGCAUCCCUCUUCUGGAACGUCUACGUGUCCUGGAAAACCAACAGGGAAGUCGCGCCUCAGCGCCGACAGCCAACGCCUGCUGAGAAGCAUCGAGUGGAAUAGGUUGGGAGGGCUACCUCUCUGGUGUCCGAUGCUCUCGGUAUGAUAAUUCCGGUAUCUUCCAUUACUUCAAUAACCUAUAAUUCACAACUUUUAAUUGGAAAUGUCUUCCUCCUUGAGAACUUUCACAUUCAGAGAGUAUUGAUUGAAUAACUCAAAUACAGCACAGUGCUGGUAACGUAGUUUACAACCCGCUGUAAAUAAAGAAGAUACAACCGCGGGUAAAAAUUUGCUAGCUCCACAUAGCGCUGAUACAUCACUUGACGGAGGGCGCAAAUUUUUGACGCGCUCCAGCUUUCAAUGUGUUAGAAACGUGCGCAAAUUGUGGGGGAUUCAAUAGAAGCUUAGUGCGCUAAACCAGAAGAUCGCUCUUUGAAAGAUAGGGAAAGACGCCCCGUCGCUAUUCACCCCAGAAUUCUGGAGUCCAUGCACAACCUCGACUUCCAUGGAGCUUGAUUCAUUUUUUUUAGUGAUUAGUUUGAUGAUGCAUGAACUAUAGACGUUCGAUUAAGUAGAGAGUCGACAUGAUACCAAAAUCCGCGUCACCAAUGCCUUCAUUCACUUUGCAUGUCUGUACCUUAAUGUUUAAUAAAUAAUUUUUAAUAUUUCA